GCUAUGACUUUGUAAUGUGACUAUGACUAUGACAGUGUAAUGUGGAACGCUUGUAUCGUUGGUACCCAUGCUACUUUCACCAUGUUUUCACACAUGGGUGGGAGCAGCGAAUUAUUAGCAGACGAUCAGCUGUUUCGAGCACCCGCCAUGCAUAUGACAAAGCUGACCAGGUGUAGAUUGCCCUGAUGCAGUGACUUGCUCUGAGGAUAUCUAAGGAGGCGGCAGUUUCAAUCCAUAUCACCAUGCCUGUCAAACAGAAGAAGGAGCUGUAUAUCGCCAAGUCGAUGCAAGAACUCAACCUAAAGGCACAGGUUGAUACCGACAGAAACACAAAAAUAAAAAUAUACUGUCGGUCUGCUGAUAAGAUGUUUCAAGAGGCUGAAAAAGCUGACAGGAAUCAGGAUGAGGAACGUGCAUAUGUCCUGUACAUGAAGUUUACUUGCUUAGUACAGUAUAUAUCAAAAGCAAAAGAAUACAAAGCAGAUAAGCAAUAUUAUGACUCCCUUGGAGGCAUAAAGAAUGUCUUGCCUGCUAUUGAAAAGGCUGAGUCUCUUCAAAAAUCUCUAAUAAGACGUUAUGAGGAUCUAAAGGAAGAGGAAGAGAUCAAAGCCAAAUUUGAGACUGAAGAUCAGGCAUCCCAGGACAGUGUUGACAAACCAAGAGAUGCACACAUAAAUGGAGAGGCAUUAAGACAGGAUGCUUCUCUUGAAAGUACAGACUUUGGUCAAAAUGGAGCAGUGACCGCUUGCCAACUUUACAGGCUGUUCCAGGAUAGCACAAGGAAGAUUCUUGUAAUUGAUGUGAGAUCUAGUGAGCAGUACAAGUCUUCACAUAUAAAGAACCCACAAGUUAUCAAUGUACCACAGGAAGUUAUCAAACCAGGAACCACUGUAACUCUGAUUGCUAAGGGCCUUUCAUCUGCAGUCAAGGAGAUGUGGAACAUGCGAGGUAGUGUUGAUUGUAUUGUGAUGCUCGAUUGGAAUAGUACAGCUGGAGACCUGACAAAGGGUUCCACAUUGGCAAGCUUGAAAGAUGCUCUCAGCAAGUGGGAUUCAACAAUAACUUUGAAAAUGGAGCCUGUUGUGCUGGAUGGAGGAUUUGGAAGUUGGUUGUUGCGAUAUCCUAUGUUUACCACCAAUCCCCAUGUGACCAGGCCACCGGUGGAUAGUGCCUCUUCAACAAGUUUGCACUUGUUGGAUUUUGACUAUCCAUCUCUUGAAGAUGAUCAGCCAAAGCCUGAGACCAAACCAAGCCCACCUAUUCAAAAUGGACCUGCGGCAAAGCCAUCCAUUUCUGUUGGUCGUAAUGAGCAGACAGCACUAUCUGGCAAUGAUGUCAACUCCGCAACCAGUUCUGUAUUAUCCCCUGCUUCUUCUGCUGUCAGUUCUUUCAAAAGUACCCCCACUGUCAAUAGAUCCAGCAAGCCCAAACAACUAAAUGCAAACUCAUAUCCAACGAACAUUCCUUCAGCAAUCUCAAUGAAUGAAGAUAACACCAUGGAAGUAGCAGCCAAGGUUUCUCUGAGUUCAAAUAAAGAGGAACACGGCUACAGAUCAAAAAUAAGUGUGCCUUCAGUCCCAGAUGCUGAAUCCCCUCAAUUGUCUAAUGAAAAGCCAGUGAUUCCUAAUCGAUCUCUGAAGCCAUUGGUACAAGACGAUAAGACUAAAAUUGCAGGUAAAGAGAAUGGAAAUAUUGAAGUAAUAGCUGGUGAGAGUAAUUCUAAGAAAGAGAGUGCAAUAGGCAACCAGAAUCUGAUGAAAGAAGUCAGGCAGGUGGACAUAGCAGAUAAGGAAGAGAAAACAGGAGGUGAAGGAGAGAUAGCAAGGAUGCAAAGAGAACAUCGAAUCCAAGAGCAACAGGCUAAGUUGGAGCUAGAGAAAAUGAGACAGGAAAAGAUGAAAACAGAAAACAAACAGCUACGCCUCGAAAAGGCACAUAUCGAAAAACAACUCGAAGAAAAGAUAGCAGCACUGAAACGUAUGCAACAGGAGCUGGAGGCACAACGUCAACAAAAACAGAGCAAAGAAACAGUUGCUGAAGAUGAACAGCAUCGAUUGCAGAAGGAAGGAAGUGAGAAGAAAGAAGCUGAUGGAGGAUGUGAUGCAAAACCACUACGGUUGAGUGCAAACCAAGGUGUCAAACAAGAUGUCAAACUGCAGGAUGAAGCUUUGCCUAAGCUAACGACAAAAACUUUAGAUUCUCCAGAAGAAGGAGGUUCAGAGCCUCAAUUACAAGAGGAGAUAGGUAAUCACAAAACCUCACGUGAAGAUACAAGAAAGCCAGCACAACCAGUUAAUAAGCAUCAACAACAUGCCUCAUCUACACCAGUCACUUCUAUGUCUGCCCCAUCAGUUCCCAUCUCAACGCCAUCCAAUACUAUGCAGAUAUCAAGCACUGGUACUACUUCAACAUUACCUGCUGGCUGGGAGAAGAAGCUUCAUCUUACCAGCAACAAGUAUUAUUACAUAGAUCAUAAUACAGGGACUACUCACUGGAGUCCUCCUACUAUUGGACCAGGGGGAGCAGCAACAACAGCUACUGCAUCAUCUACAAGGCCUGUUACAACAGUAUCUUCUGAACAACGGCUUGACACCAGAGGAUCAGGAUCUCCGUCAAAGACUUCAACUCCGUCUUCUACCACCAAGACUCGCUUGAAGUCGGACUCAUCAGAGGCUCCUCAAUCCAACUUGAAGAGAUCAUUUUCAUCACCAAAUGUUGCACAGAUGGUCAUUAAUGAACAGGAGGAGAUACCUCGAAUUCCAUCUGUUAACAGAGCUAACAAGCCAAUACAAAGGAUGCCAUCUUCUUCAAUAGUACAGUCAGCACAACCUAAAAUACUGCCAUCUGUCACACGGGCACGCAACCUCAAUCCAGUCUAUGGUAACCAAGGACGAUCGCUAACUGGCUUACGUAACCUUGGAAACACAUGCUUCAUGAACUCGGUAGUCCAGUGCUUAAGCAAUUCAACACCGCUAACUUACUACUUCAUCACUGACAAGUAUGUUCCUGAUAUCAAUAGGCAAAAUCCACUUGGUCGUGGGGGUAAUGUGGCGCAGGAAUUUGCUGUAGUGAUCAAGGCUAUUUGGUCAGGUCAGUAUCGAUCCAUCUCACCACUAGACCUCCGUGACACCGUCACCAAGUAUGUUCCUGAGUUUCGAAAGAACAUCGGUCACCACCAUGACUCACAGGAAUUUCUCUUAUUUCUACUGGAUGGAUUACAUGAAGAUCUCAAUCAGGUUAAGAAGCGAGAGUACAUUAAAGAGGAAGAAUUAGAGAAGUAUCCUGACCAGACAGCUGCUGAAAUAUCCUGGACAUAUCACAACCGACUCAACCAGUCCAUCAUUGUUACAUUGUUCCAAGGCCAGUUUAAAUCAACAGUCUGCUGCUUGUCAUGUGGUCACAAAUCUGUCAAGUUUGAGGCAUUCAUGUACUUGUCACUGCCUCUUCCUUCGUCAAGCCGAUGCACAUUACAGCAAUGUCUCAAGAAAUUCUCAACAGAGGAAAAAUUGAGUGGAGACAAUGCUAUUUACUGUUCCCGAUGUAAAACCAACAGGGAUUCUGCUAAGGUCAUCCUCAUCUGGAAGCUACCCCGUAUCCUUCUAAUACAUCUCAAGAGAUUUUACUAUGAAGGCAUGUGGCGUCAGAAGCUUCAGACUAUGGUUGAUUUCCCUCUGCAUAACAUGGACAUGUCACCUUAUACAAGAGGACCCAAACCACCCAAGCCAUACUACUUAUAUGCAGUCUCUAACCACAUUGGAACUAUGGAUGGAGGACAUUAUACAGCUUGUUGUCUGAAUGUCAACAACCACCGUUGGUACAAGUUUGAUGAUCAUGAAGUGCAUGAUGCAUCGCAAAGUAACAUUAAGAGUGCAGCAGCCUACAUCCUUUUCUAUUCUUCAAUGGACCAGCUUAUUCCAUAGAACUUCAUUGCAGUUUAUGUGAUGUUGCUAGUAACACUUCAUCAACUUCAAGAUUUAACCCUGUAAGUUAAUACAAGUAACUGUAUGCAAUGCAGAACAGGUAAACUUCUAUUAAAAUGGGUAUUAUUGGAUCGUUAUUAUCAAUUUUUUUUUUAUUCUUAAUAAACAUUUUUUUUAAAAGAAAAGAGUGAUGAAACCUGAUGAAACCUGACCGUGAUUCAAAUGGAGACCAGGAAUAAAAUGAUCCAUAGUUUUCAAAUAUUUACACAGCUCAAUUAAUGUAACCCUGUACUGGAAGAUUUAAACACCCCACUUACCUAAUUGCUCAUGGAAAACAGUCUGAUGUCAUAAACAUACUAAAUUAACAACACCAGAUGUUGCAAUACUUUGUAAUGUAUAACACUAACCAACGUCAGAAUCAUAUGCGAGAAUAGUCUGAAGCCCAAGCUCAUGCAUGGAAUAAUACUGCCUCAUGCAUAUUCAACCAGUUUGCCAUUGCAUUCAGAGCAGGCACUCUUCAUAAAGUUUAGUUGUCCUCACAUUUAUCUUUCCCACUAUAGGGAAUACACGUGACAACAAAUGAAGAUCAAAUUGUACUGCUAAAAUAUGUCAAAAUGUAUGUCAUCAAUACUUUCUAAUUAUGGUAAUCAUAUUUCAGUAUGUAGUGUAAAUAUAAUUACAGAACAUUCAUUUAUCCAAACAUUUGAUGUUGUGGUGUUAUAAAUUUGCAUAUAUGUAAAAGCAUUAUGGGAUAAAGGGCUGGUUUGUACAUGACUAAAGAGUGAAUGUUUUACAACUCUUGCACAUCUCUUGCAAACUUCUUGCACAUUAAAUCAUAAAAAAGGUAUUGAUGGAGAUUGCAUUAUUAUUCUUGUUACAAGCAUUUAAAAACAGUAGCUUACUUUCAUUUACAUACUUUUUAUAAUAUAGGUUUUCCCGGCCAAUUUCCUAAAAUGUUCAUUAACUUCGGAAAAUUGGUCAUUCAUUUUCGUCUGAAUAUGAAUGCACGUCUCAUUUCAAUUCAACGAAAGUUCAAUCGUUUUCAUUGUCCCUGCAUUCAGUUUUGAGAAACAGAUGGCCAAUUACAUUACCUGUGCAUUCAUUUACGCAAGCAUGCCUUUUCGUGCAGAGUUCGGGCAUACAAUUUUGUGAAUGUGCAAUCAAAAGUACGUUUUUCUCAUUCAAAAUAGUAGAUUGCAUCACAUAACAUUAAACUGAAAGUGAAAUAGAAUGGGCAAUGUUUGAAAUCGCCCUCUAAAAGCGAAAAGGAAGUCUUGUAAACGAACUGAAUGAGCAUAAACAAAAGGUGCUGCUCAAUCACUUAAUUGCUUGAACUGAAAUGGAAUCGAAUGCUCUGGCAGUGAAAAUGAAACACGUGUUCACAGCGAUUCUCAAAUAUAGACGAAAAUGAAUGACUGAUUUUCAGAAGUGAAUGACCAUUUUAGGAAAUUGGCCGGGAAAACCUAUACAUGUACAUGUAAAAUUAGAAUUACGGAUGAAUGAACAAAAGUUCAAGUACAUUUUCAAAGUUUGGAGAGUUUGAAUUUUCCAUCCUAGCAGAAUCCAAACAUUGGACCUUUCUUACAGUCAUUCCAGUUUAUGAGCAGUAGGCAGAAGCUUAUAAUUUCUUGGCAAUAAGUAUUUUCUUCUGAUGUAUGCUUAUUGAAUUAAAUGGAGAAAAUGGCUGUUCCAAAAUGUGUGGUCCAUAAUAGUUAUCAAAAAGAUUUUUUUUUUUCCAGAGAUUUUGCAUUUGUACCAGAUGCAAACGCAGGGUGAUCAGGCGUGCAACUAUUUCAUUGGACACUGUCUGAUUCUGUUGUGAAUGUUUUUUAUGUAAAAACUGAAAAAGAAUUAUGAAGUAUAUUUUCCAGUUUAACCAUUUCUGCAUUUGAAAAGGUUUGAUUUUGGGUAUGAUUUCAUUUGACAUGUUACUUCUGGUUUGAUGUCAUCAGCUAAAAUGUGAAAAACCAAUGUUGACGAGAUACACAUGGAAGAUAAAGUGAAAAGAACUGGAAGAUUAAGUGUUAAGCAACUUUGCCUACAGAAAUAAAUAAAAUUAUGAACUUGAUUGUUUAUUUUGUUCAUGCGCUUUCAAUAAAUGAAAAUGGUCACUUUUUGAAGUAAAAUCACUUGUAAUAUGAUACAUGUAAUGAUAAUGUCAUCAAGAUGUCACAGUUAUACUGUAAUUUGUUUUUAGUGUUUUUACUCAACCUGUAAUUGGCGGUUAUAUUUGAUGUUGGCUGAUGGAAAUCUAAAUAAAUAUAAAUAUGUGCACACUUUCAGAUCGGGGUUGAUGUUUGUUCUAAGUUUGAAAUUUAUAACAUGUAAAUGAAAAGCGCGGAAAAUUAUAUUCCAGAAAAAAAAAAACGCUUCACAAUUUUAAAAUGGUGAUGGCUUCUCUGAAGUCAGAAGUGAAAGAAAAGGAAAAAAACACAACAGAGCUGCCAAGCUACAUUUUCAAUCUAAAUUUGUUUUGCUAGGAACCUUCCUGAACCUUUGAAAAUACUCCACUGCAGUAAACUAAUGUAACAUUCUUUGUACACAAUGUACAUGUACUUAAACAUUCAAGAGGAUGGAUUAAGUCACUCUCACAUAAUUCACAGUGGCUGAGCUUUACCUCCCUCUAUUCUGCAAAAAUCCCACAGAAUUCCCUGAUGAAUUUUCAUUGGUAUGGGAAAGUAAGGGUGAAAUUAUAAGUCAAAGAGUAUAAACUGGUGGGUGUGAAAGAUAAGCUUUGAUUUGUACCUCCAGCCAGUGCAGAUGGUGUCAGCCUGCACAUACUGCACAACCACAGUUUCAGCAUGUAACCUAGAUAUGUACAGGACAGAGAGCUGUUUUUUUUCCCCCAUGGGUGUUAAUUCUUGAUGUGAACUUCGCCAAGGUCUGAAAUAAAUGUAGUGCAAUCAUUGGCAAGAUUUACAAAUUGAAAAUGUAUCCACUCGUAAACCAUAUGUACAUCUUUUUGCAGGCCCUCUUUUUGAUUGUUUUACUUCCCUUAAAACAACAUAAAUCAAGGCUUUUAAACUUUUGUUAAGAAGUAUGCUACAUUAAGGAAUUUCUUAAUUUGUUUUAAAAAUACUACAUAAAAAGGUAACCAUGUCUAUUUUUAAUACAAAUAUUUAAAACUUUGACUUUUGUUGAAGGCUUUGCUUCAAUGACUCAGAAAAUAUAUAAACAAGAAUCUUAAAAUAUCUUAAAACUGUAAUAAUUGAUGUAAUUUGGUUUAAAUGCAGUUUCAAAUUUAAGUGCAUUAUAAAGGAGGUUCAUGCUGUACAUCAUUAUGAUGACAGGAAAUUAGAAUGCUGAGAGAGAGCACACAAAUCCUUCACAUGCUCAUAAUGAGUCCGUUUUCAGUCGUUCCAAUUGAAGCCUGUAUUGCUCUGUUAUCCAUGUAUUUGGCUGAUUCAGAUGGUGUACAUGUACAUGUAGGUAAUGCUCUAACUUGCUGACCACUUAAAACAUCACCCAAGGCUCAGCAGCUCUAAAUCAAUAAUUGAACCAGUCAACACUGGCUCCACUGGCUGAAAACAGAUAGCUGCUAUGCAAUUCAGGCCAACUCAGCCGAUGGGCAUCAAUACAUGUAUAUUAAUAUACAUCAUAGAAUUUAAUUAACAUACUAAUAUAAGAUGCUCUGUUACCAUUGAUUUGUUGUAAAAUAUGUUAAGGUAUACAGUAGAUAUAAUACAAUGAAUACAUAUCCUGGUACAUCAUUUAUGCCGAAAUAAUACAGUUAGGGCACAUUAUUUGGUCCGCCAAUAAGCUGUAAAUUAAUAUUUCGCUGAUAAAUAAAUUAUGUGUGUAUUCAUAUGUACAUUAUAGGUUCCAUUGUGAGAAUUAUGAGUGUUGUCAGUUUUACCAUUUUGUUAAAAGAAUAAGCACUUGAUUGAUUUUAGUAUAUGUAAGAUGAAAUACCAUUUGUUUGUAAAAUAUGAAAAUCAAAAGUAAUGACAAAGCUGUUGAUUUCCUUAUGGGAAAAUAGUGAUUAAAGUUAUUGCAAUUAUUCAGUCGCAGAUUGUGUAUAUUGUGGUAUUUGUUCAGUCAGUAUGAUAGAUGUCAUGAUGGCAGGUAUACAAAGAUGAUUCACCUGUAUUUUUUUCCAGUUUUAAGACAUUUAUAUAAACCUUGGUUUGACUUGGUGUGAGAAUGAAUGUCUUAUCAAAUUUUGUUGAUUAUGAUAAACUUUCAAGAACACUUUCAGACACUUAAACA